CAUCUUUGAAUCUUCCUAAAGCAGUGGUCACAAAGCUUAAAGGUGACACAACAGUGCUCACGUAAAGCCAACACACAUUCCCCACCCCCCAAGCCAACAAUAAAAUCAUCCCCUUCAAUUUGCCAUGAUCGUCGCGACCAGGAGCCAGGUGAUUAUCCUAAUUAAUGUCUAUCUAAUUAAAUUACUGUCAGCAGUUAACCAAUGGCAGGAGCCGUUUCAUCGGCUGCACAAGCAGCAAGAUCAAAAGUGAGCCUUUUCUGAUUGCUGCAUAGUGUCAAUUGGCCAAUCUCUUCUCCCAGGGAAAAAAAAAAGUAAAUCAAACCUUUGAGAAGCAUUUGCUGGUUGAAGUGCUUUCUGUCUAGUGAGGGGGUCUGUGGAUUUCUAGUUUAUGAUAAAUAGGACUUUAAAAACCAGGGACAGGAGGGCGAGUGUUCAGGUUCUAGAGCUAUGCAGCUGGAGCACUGCCUUUCUCCUUCUAUCAUGCUCUCCAAGAAAUUUCUCAAUGUGAGCAGCAGCUACCCACAUUCAGGCGGAUCUGAGCUUGUCUUGCACGAUCAUCCCAUUAUCUCGACCACUGACAACCUGGAGAGAAGUUCACCUUUGAAAAAAAUUACCAGGGGGAUGACGAAUCAGUCAGAUACAGACAAUUUUCCUGACUCCAAGGACUCACCAGGGGACGUCCAGAGAAGUAAACUCUCUCCUGUCUUGGACGGGGUCUCUGAGCUUCGUCACAGUUUCGAUGGCUCUGCUGCAGAUCGCUACCUCCUCUCUCAGUCCAGCCAGCCACAGUCUGCGGCCACUGCUCCCAGUGCCAUGUUCCCGUACCCCGGCCAGCACGGACCGGCGCACCCCGCCUUCUCCAUCGGCAGCCCCAGCCGCUACAUGGCCCACCACCCGGUCAUCACCAACGGAGCCUACAACAGCCUCCUGUCCAACUCCUCACCGCAGGGCUACCCCGCGGCCGGCUACCCCUACCCACAGCAGUACAGCCACUCCUACCAAGGAGCCCCUUUCUACCAGUUCUCUUCCACACAGCCCGGACUGGUACCCGGCAAAGCUCAGGUGUACCUGUGCAACAGGCCCCUCUGGCUGAAAUUUCACCGCCACCAAACGGAGAUGAUCAUCACCAAACAAGGAAGGCGCAUGUUUCCUUUUUUAAGUUUUAACAUUUCUGGUCUCGAUCCCACGGCUCAUUACAAUAUUUUUGUGGAUGUGAUUUUGGCGGAUCCCAAUCACUGGAGGUUUCAAGGAGGCAAAUGGGUUCCUUGCGGCAAAGCGGACACCAAUGUGCAAGGAAAUCGGGUCUAUAUGCAUCCGGAUUCCCCCAACACGGGGGCUCAUUGGAUGCGCCAAGAAAUCUCUUUUGGAAAAUUAAAACUUACAAACAACAAAGGAGCUUCAAACAACAAUGGGCAGAUGGUGGUUUUACAGUCCUUGCAUAAGUACCAGCCCCGCCUGCAUGUGGUGGAAGUGAACGAGGACGGCACGGAGGACACCAGCCAGCCCGGCCGCGUGCAGACGUUCACUUUCCCCGAGACUCAGUUCAUCGCCGUCACCGCCUACCAGAACACCGAUAUUACACAAUUGAAAAUAGAUCACAACCCCUUUGCAAAAGGAUUUCGGGAUAAUUAUGACACGAUCUACACUGGCUGCGACAUGGACCGCCUGACCCCCUCGCCCAACGACUCCCCGCGCUCGCAGAUUGUGCCCGGGGCCCGCUACGCUAUGGCCGGUUCUUUCCUGCAGGACCAGUUCGUGAGCAACUACGCCAAGGCCCGCUUCCACCCCGGUGCGGGCGCGGGCCCCGGGCCGGGCACGGACCGCAGUGUGCCGCACACCAACGGGCUGCUGUCGCCGCAGCAGGCCGAGGACCCGGGCGCGCCGUCGCCGCAGCGCUGGUUUGUGACACCGGCCAACAACCGGCUGGACUUCGCCGCUUCGGCCUACGACACAGCCACGGACUUCGCGGGCAACGCGGCCACGCUGCUCUCGUACGCGGCCGCGGGCGUGAAAGCGCUGCCGCUGCAGGCGGCGGGCUGCACCGGCCGUCCGCUCGGCUACUACGCCGACCCGUCCGGCUGGGGCGCGCGCAGCCCCCCGCAGUACUGCGGCGCCAAGUCGGGCUCGGUGCUGCCCUGCUGGCCCAACAGCGCCGCGGCCGCCGCCCGCAUGGCGGGCGCCAACCCCUAUUUGGGCGAGGAGGCCGAGGGCCUGGCCGCCGAGCGCUCGCCGCUGCCGCCCGGCGCCGCCGAGGACGCCAAGCCCAAGGACCUGUCCGACUCCAGCUGGAUCGAGACGCCCUCCUCCAUCAAGUCCAUCGACUCGAGCGACUCGGGGAUUUACGAGCAGGCCAAGCGGAGGCGGAUCUCACCCGCCGACACGCCGGUGUCCGAGAGCUCGUCGCCGCUCAAGAGCGAGGUGCUGGCCCAGCGGGACUGCGAGAAGAACUGCGCCAAGGACAUAGGCGGCUACUACGGCUUCUACUCGCACAGCUAGGCCGGCCCUGC